GUACACUAGGUUCACGUUGCUGCUGAUUGAAGCGGUGUGACUUGGUAAACAAACCCAGACAGAAGCAUAGCUAUGGCAAAACGGAUUGACAAGUCCAGCUGUUUCUUUUUACAGAACUGAAGAAAAAGAAGAUUCAUUUUGGGGACUGCACUACUCUAGACAUGGAAGGCAUCGGUAACACCAUGCAGAAGAAGGCUGCUGAGCUGGAGCGCAUGGCUGAGGUUCUGAUCACUGGGGAGCAGUUACGACUCCGACUUCAUGAAGAAAAAGUGAUCAAGGAUCGUCGACACCAUCUCAGGACCUACCCCAACUGCUUCGUAGCUAAGGAACUGAUCGACUGGCUGAUCGAUCACAAGGAAGCUUCAGAUAGAGAAACUGCAAUCAAGCUUAUGCAAAAGCUAUUGGACCAGAGCAUCAUUCAUCAUGUUUGCGAUGAGCACAAGGAAUUCAAAGAUGUCAAACUUUUCUACCGCUUCAGGAAAGAUGACGGGACCUUCCCAUUGGAUAAUGAGGCAAAGGUUUUCAUGAGAGGUCAAAGGUUAUUUGAAAAGCUGAUGAACACAGAAAACUCCCUGGUGCAGGCAAGAGAGGAGGAGUCUGUCCUGUUCGAGCGGACACUGGUGGGCUGUGAGUUUGUGGGUUGGCUGAUCCAGGAGGGGGAGGCUUCCACCCGAGAGGAUGCAGAGCAACUCUGCCGGCGGCUGCUGGAGCAUGGCAUUAUUCAGCAUGUCUCCAAUAAGCACCACUUUGUGGACAGCAACCUCCUGUACCAGUUCAGGAUGAAUUUCCGUCGAAGGAGACGGCUGCUGGAGCUGCUGAGUGAGAGAUGCCGAUCGAUGCCUGAGAGCCACGACAGCCCUUUCUGCCUGCGCAAACAGAACACGGACAGUGGAAACACCAGCUUUCUCUCAGUGAGCCCCACUAAGGAGAUCAAGAUCAUAUCUGCUGUGAGGAGAAGUAGCAUGAGCAGCAGCUGUGGCAGCAGUGGGUACUACAGUAGCAGCCCUAUCCUCAGCAGCAGCCCUCCAGUGCUCUGCAAUCCCAAGUCUGUUUUGAAGAGACAUGUGAAUUCAGAACAGCUCCAGAGCCCUGGAGGCCCAUACAUGAAGAGGACUUUCACAAUUGUUGGUGACGCAGUGGGCUGGGGGUUUGUGGUGCGAGGCAGUAAACCAUGUCACAUCCAGGCAGUCGACCCCAGCGGUCCUGCGGCUGCUGCUGGAAUGAAGGUCUGUCAGUUUGUUGUUUCUGUGAACGGACUAAAUGUUCUUCACCUGGACUAUCGAACAGUCAGCAACCUGAUUCUGACAGGCCCACGCACCAUUGUCAUGGAAGUCAUGGAGGAAAUUGAAUGCUGAAACAGGAAGCAAUGGAGCUGCACCCUACCUACCAGGACAUAUCUGAAGAACCAAAGAAACACAGACAACUAAAAUGACCAUCUCCUCUCAGAAAAUCUCAAGCAACUCACACUUCCAAGUUAUUUUUUUCUUUGAACAACAUUCAACAAGAUGAUAGUGUGUAUCCUAUAUAUAAAGUCUACCAUACAGUUUGCCUUCUAUAUACCACAGAUAAGGGAGCCAGGCUUUGUGUGAUGCACUGAAGGGCAGGUCAUGAAUAGGAAGUUUCGAAUGAAGAUUCAACCAAUUAUCAGAAUCUUUGAACCUUUCUGUUUUUUGUCAGGUUAGAAAAACUUAAACAAGCUGCCAUUUUGACCAUUUUAUAGAGCUGUGUGCAAAGACAGUUACUCACAGCUGCCUUCUGAUAAAAUAAUUUAAAUAGGAGAUAUUUUGUUGUGUACUUUUUUUUGUUGCCCCUUGUAACACAGCACUUAUUAAAAUUGUAAAUAAAAAUACAAAUUAUAUGA